AGCACAUGAUGGGGUGUGUAUUUUCUACACAGGUUCCUGGGCUGCUGUGCGGCUUUUAUUCAAAAAUCACCAUUCCGGAGAGCAAUCUGAUCUGAUCAGCACCCAGGCAUUUCACGAGCAGGGCCGCCCACAGCACUGAUGUCGGGUUUAGGGUAGUUGGCUUGAGGGGCCAGCUAUGGCUCAUGGAAAAAAGCCAGGAACUGUUUCCAAAAUAUUGGCUGCAAGCCCUUCAUCGUGCCCCGGUCCAGGACUCGCGAAACACAGCCAAGACGAGCAGCGAGGUUUGGUGAGGGAGGCGGCUGAGCAACAACCUUGUACCUUGAAGGAUGAUGACAACGACCAGCUGACUCCUACUGUUUCUGCAAACCACUAUUACAUGAGUUGUGACCCGAGUCCAGAGGACAUGGAGGACACCUGCUCUGAGUACGACAAUGUGGGCUCGGAUGUGGAGCAGGACUAUGAUGAGGUGCUGCACUUGAACAGGGAGGGCAUUGUGGACAUGAGGUAUUACAAACAGUACAGUCCUGAAGAUGGAGGCUAUAUAAAGCAUGCAGCAGGUGAUAAUAUUAAUGAUAACACCAGCGCUGCUGAGCAGAUCACUCCCAGACCUCGACACAGCACAGAAAUACGUGAGGGAUCACAGUCAGACACUAAGCCGUAUAAGACAAGCCAUCGCUUUAGGUCACAUUGUGCCCCGAUUACAGGAGAUGAAGCGGAGGGUGGCAUGAAAAAGGCCCAGGAGGACAGGUUCUUGUUCAACGAUGGAGAUGAGAUAGAAGAAGUGCUAGACGGUGCCAAAUUUAUAGAGGAUUUAGAGGAGACAGAGAAUAGUGUUCAAAAGCAGACUGGCCUAUAUCAGGGCAACGAGAAUGAGAGAAUUAGAAAGGGAGGUGAUGAAAGAGAACGAGAAGAUGACACUCGAGUCACAAGGAACCACAAUGUCCCAGGAGCUGGGAGGAAGUGUGAUUCAUCUCACAUGGGUCCUAAGGAGAAGGAGAGGCAGGGCAAAGGACGAGGACGAAGGGGAACAGGAGAGGACAUUGAGCACAUUGUUUCUGGGAUAAAAGGAUGCACGACCAGCAGCACCGAGCAGCGUCCAAAAACUUCAUCCAAGGACUGCAAAAAGGCUGCUGUGCGUACCAAAGCUAGGCCUGGUUCCAGUAAGCAACAUCCUCCUCCGCCGCCUCGUCAUACCCACGCUCAGUCACCUACCGACAGCCAGAAGGCCCAGCCACAAAGAGAGACUCCUCCUGUUCCCAAACCCAGUCCCUCCGCUGCUAACAGCCGGGACAGUGAGCCCAGGGUUAUCAAACCAUCCCUGGCUCCUCAUCACACACCGGAACAACAGAGAGAGUCUCCAGAGGAGCGACAGAGACGGCCAGAGAAACCCCAGCAGCAGGAGGAGAAGCCAAGCACAACCGUGAUGCCUGAGGACGUGCCAGAGGAGCCGAUGAGGCCUCAGUGUCCAGAGCUCGUCCCUGCGGGGGACAGUAACACUCCCAAGAAAACACAGGAGGCUGCUUCCUUCCCCAGCUUUGAGGAUGUCCCGGGUCCCUGUGAGCCAGAAGAUCUCAUUGAUGGAAUCAUCUUUGCUGCUAACUACCUUGGCUGCACUCAGGUGUUGUCGGAUAAAAAUCCAUCUAAGUCUGUCCGCAUGUCCCAGGCCCAUGAAGCCGUCAGUCGUAUUAAGAGCCAAGACGAAGACUCUCAGAUGAUGACAGAAGUGGACCUGUUUAUCUCCACGAAAGCUGUCAAAGUGCUGAACGCUGAUACACAGGAGACAAUGAUGGACAGUGCCUUGCGGACCAUCUCCUACAUCGCAGACAUUGGUAGCAUCGUGGUUCUGAUGGCUCGGAGACGCAUGUCUCAGGCCUCAUCGGAGGAUUUCUCUGAAUCGUCUGACUCUGCUAGUGACGGGAAGAGUCAGUACAGGAUGAUCUGCUAUGUGUUUGAGUCAGAGGACGCACAGCUAAUUGCACAGUCCAUUGGUCAGGCUUUCAGUGUGGCCUACAGAGAGUUCCUCCGAGCCAAUGGCAUCAACCCGACCGACUUGAGCCAGAAACAGUACAGUGACAUCAUCAACUCCCAGGAAAUGUACCACGAUGACCUCGUCCAUUUCUCAAACUCAGACAACUGUAAAGAGCUCUACGUGGAGAAGCAGAAAGGGGAGAUCCUCGGUGUGGUAAUAGUGGAGUCUGGCUGGGGCUCCAUCCUGCCCACCGUCAUCCUGGCCAGCAUGCUGAACAGUGGCCCUGCAGCUCGCUCUGGAAAACUCAGCGUGGGGGAUCAGAUCAUGUCCAUCAAUGACACCAGUCUGGUGGGGCUUCCACUGGCCACCUGUCAGGGCAUCAUCAAGGGCCUGAAGAAUCAGGUGAAGGUGAAGCUGAGCAUCGUGAGCUGUCCUCCUGUCACCACCGUGCUCAUCAAGAGACCUGAUCUCAAGUUCCAGCUUGGAUUCAGUGUUCAGAACGGCAUCAUCUGCAGCCUGAUGCGAGGCGGUAUUGCUGAACGAGGCGGCGUUCGUGUUGGGCACAGAAUCAUUGAAAUAAAUGGUCAGAGCGUUGUUGCCAUGGCACACGAGAAGAUCGUUCAAACCCUGUCUGUCUCAGUGGGUGAGAUCAACAUGAAGACGAUGCCUGCUGUGAUGUUCAGACUGCUGACAGGCCAGGAGACGCCUAUCUACAUCUAGAAGACCCUGCAUGGAUCCAGCCCACUGUAGUUCUGCAUGUCUGGCUGUGUGAAGACAAUAGACAGGUGGCUCAGUGGGAGGAGGAAAUUUAUUUUUCUAUCAUUUUAUUUUCUGGGCUCUUGUUGCGAUGCUGUAAAGAACAUCCGGUUCUCAUUUUCAGGUUUUAUCUUGAAUUACAUUGUCAUAAUGGCCUUACAAUGUGAAUACUCUGUCUGUAGUACUGUACGUGAGUUUAUGGUGUUGAAGAGAAGUAGCUUUAUGGUCAUGAUUAUUUUCUUAUGAAGAGAUAAAUUAGUACAUUUAUUUUUAUUUAGUCAUUUUUAUAAUGUGUAUGGAGUUUAAAAUUGUACUUCUACUGUAAAUACUUUGGAUUACUCAAGGACUUGGUUGGAAAGGCCAUUUUACUCCUACAGUAUAUGCAUGUGAUUAUGAAAAAUUACUGACCAGGGAUUCAUUCUCAAUCGGACAUGAUAAUGUAUUACGGUAAGUAUUAAAAGAAGAUAAUAAUAUGCUGUACAAAGGCACUAAACUCUGUGUAUUAUGGUGACGCUGAAGGCCAAAGACACACCUACUAUUCAAAGACAUACAGUAUGGAUGAUCAUUACCUUUACCAGAGCUUACAAGAAUGUAUCAAAAUAUACAUUGCUGGAUGAAUGUAAUGUUAAAACACACUGAAAAUACAACUUCACUGCUCAGCA